CUUCUGAACCGUCACCGUCCGACCUUAGGCCCAAAGGGCCCGCGGCCGGUCCUGAUUGGGGCCCCGGACUGUCCUGCCUCCUCCAGCCCAACGCCCCUGCAGGCUUCACCGGGGCAUCCCCGAGACCUCUGGGGUACCGAGCCACCCGGGAGCUGUCGGUCCCCCCCUUGCCCGAGAUGGAAAGUUGGACACCAACGAGCCAGUCUGCCCGUGGCCGUUCCCCAAACAGUCACUGAAUAUUUCCCCUGAUACUCCCUGGAAGACAGUUGGUUCACGGUCUCUGAGGAUCGGAGAAAUUGGGCCUGAAGCCGCCUGGCAUUUUGGAAUCCCGGAGUGGAGCCAGAAGUCGGUGGAGCGGCCAGUAGCCAUGCACCAGAGAGCGGGGCUUGUCCUCCGGGCGCUGCGACUGAACACCUGGCGGUUUGGGAAGGGCCUCCAGGGGCAAGAACCGUGGCACCCCGGCCGACUGCCGGCUUCCGGUGGCCAGGCGGCGUGGGGGCCGAGAGUGGGAGGAACUCCCGGGGCCUGGGGUCGGCCCCACAGCUGCCCAAGGUCACCACCGGCAAGGGAUCCCCCGAGCCGAAGCUUCUCCUCCUAUGAGGAUCACCUGCGGGCCGAGCGACGGAACGUGGAGUCCCUUUCGCUGGGGAACGUGGAGGUGCUGCAGACGUUCAGGAGGAAAAUCGAAGAGACGCACGAUAAAUUCUCCUGCGAUCCGGAUGGCCCAGAGGUUAGAUUUGGCGAUUUUGUCUACCGCGAAGAAGAUGGCUGCAUACUGCGCUUCAAGCCCGGAGAUGCGGAUGGAGAUGUGGAAGUUUUGCUGCACCCCGAAGACCUGUCCCCUCAGCCCGCCUUGGUUCAGCGCAUCAGGAUUUCCCAACAGGGGAACUACCUCGCCGCCAGUCUGAAAAUCCUGGACUCAGAAGAGUCUGCGUGCGUCAUCGUGAGGCUCGGCCAGCACCCGGCAGUAGAAGACUUGAUCCCCGGGGUGUCCAGCUUUGAGUGGGCGUCGGAUGAUGUCUUGUUCCACACCCGUCAGAGGGGCCUGCGGUGCCAUGAUGUGUUCCGUAGCAGCUUUGGAAGCCGGAAGCAUUCCGAGCCCGUUUUCAGGGAGCAGGACCCCAGAUUCUUUGUGGACUUGUACCGCACCAAAGACCGGCGCUUCGUCACCGUGAACAGUAACAGCAAGACCAUGUCUGAAGUGUGGUUGGUAGACUGUCGCCAGCCCUGGGACCCGCCCGUCCUUGUCCAGAAGCGACUGCCGGGAGUCCUCUACCACGUCGAGCACAGUAACGAUGAAUUGUACGUUGUCACGACGUUCGGCGAGCCUGCGGAGUACAAGCUAAUGAAGACGCCCGUGGCUUUUUGUGGAGUGGAGAAUUGGCAGCUGGUUCACUCCACGAAAGAGAAGACCAAGCUAGUCGACCUGGAGAUGUUCGAGGAUCACUGCGUCCUGUUCCUGAAGCACCGCAGUCAGUUCUUCCUCAACGUGGUCUCCCUCAGGGAGCGUUCGGUGCAGUCGGUCACGCUCCCGGCCUGGGCCUGCGCCUGCCACCUGGACCCUCAGCCGGAGCCCGGCGGCCACAUCUGCGCCUUCCAGCUGUCUUCGCCAGUGGAGCCCCCUCGGCGCUUUCUGUACGGGCUGCUCGAAGGCCGCCUCUGGGAGCAAAGGGCACCUGGAGAGCCAGGUGCCACCCGCUACCGCGUGGGACGUUUUGAGGCGAAGAGCAAGGAUGGAACCCUGGUGCCGGUGACCGUUCUUCAUAAAGCAGACGCCGAGGACCUGCGGAGGAAGCCUCUUCUCAUCCACGUGUACGGAGCUUACGGAGCAGAUCUGGACAUGAGCUUUAAGGCCGAAAAGCUGAUGUUAGUUGAGGAUGGGUGGAUAUUAGCAUAUUGCCACGUUAGGGGCGGCGGGGAGCUGGGACUUGGCUGGCACCACGAUGGCCGCCUACAGAACAAGCUCAACGGCCUGGCCGACCUGCAGGCUUGCAUCGCGCUGCUCCACGAGCGAGGAAUGGCGGAGCCACGGAGAACGGCGCUCGCGGCUUCCAGCGCCGGCGGCCUGCUGGCCGGAGCGCUGUGCAACGCCAGUCCCCAGCUGCUGCGGGCCGUGGCUCUGCACGCACCGUUCCUGGAUCUCGUGAACACCAUGCUGGACCCGCGACUCCCGCUCACGGUGGAGGAGCAAGAGGAGUGGGGAGAUCCCUUGGCCGGGGGAAACUGCCUGGACUACCUGAAGAGCUACUGUCCCUACCACAACAUUAAGCCUCAGCGAUACCCGGCGGUCAGAAUCACGGCCUAUGAAAACGACCAGCGGAUCCCUCUGGAGGGUUUGCUCAGAUACACUCAGAGCCUCAGAGAAGCCGUCCGGGCUCACGGCAGAGACAGCGCCACAGGAGCAGGCGGUCCGGAGCCUACCGUGAUCCUGGAUGUGCGGGCGAAGGGGAGCCACUGCAUCGGUGCCUGGGCCUGGGAUGACACUCUGAACGAGGUUGCGGCCCAGCUGGCUUUUCUGUACCAGGAGCUGGGCCUGCGGCCACCUCCGCCCACUCCAUGCUGACGGGGCUAAAGGAAGCACCGAGGGCUCUGAAAGACCGGGGCUGAGCCCACCCCCCGGGAGACUCGUCGAGUCGGCAGGAGAUGCAGAACCAGGUGAGGAAGCCUUUAAAAAGCCCAGUGGCCCCUCACCCGUCUCCCACAUUCACAUACCUCCCGGCCCGUGGCAGGUCCGCUGGGGUCGGAGAGAUGGGACUGGGCUGGAGCGG